GCUCUUGCAUCUUCACAGCUAGAGCUCGUCAGCGGCUACCUUGUCCUCUGAGCUCUCUACCGUCUGAAGAUGCCUCGGUUCUUCCUCUUCUGCUUGGUGUCGAGCCAGCUUGCCGCGACCGCCGUCAUGGCGCGGCCGUUCGCCGUCUUCCUCGACGGCGCGACGACGAUAGGCGCGGCGGGUGCUCCUUCUGCUCUACACGCGCACUCGCUCCUGGAGUCCAGGUUCGCAGGGUCGCCGCUGAGCUCCCACCACGGCCCGCACAGCCCCUUCGACCGGUCGUUCGCCGGCGGCAAGAUCAUCGUGGCGGGCCUCGCUGCGGCGAUCGUCGUCGCCGUCUUCUGCUACAUCCGCAUCACGAGGAGGAAGAACGUGGAGCCAAAAGUCUGAUGAAUAGG